AUGGGCUUAGGAACUUGCGGCGUCACUAGAGUUGGAACUCGCUCCACGUUUUCUUCUUUGACUUCUUAUUCAAUCUUUACAUUUUUAGUCCUCCUCCACUACCUCACUCCACGACAAGAUCGCCACAUGGACUCAAAAUUAUCUUUCCCCUCUAAAAAGGAUGCUCGUUUUUCUGGACUCUUCUCCCCAUUACAACACAAACCGCCCACUCAAAAGAAACACUACUCAGAGAGAUCUAAUUCAAUAGCGAAGAUGCAGAUUCUGAUUCUCUGCCUCUCAAUCAUUCUAACGGCAGCUCAGGGUGUUCACCAGAACACAACUUUCGUCUUCAACCACUUCAACACCACAACCACAAUCAAAUAUGUUGCGGCUGCCUCCAUACAAUCCAACGCAAUCCGCCUCACAAAUCACUCCGAGCGCGUCAUUGGCCGUGCCUAUUUGGACAAGGCCGUCCCCAUGAAAAGAAAUGGCUCUGUAAUCUCAUUCAGCACAAGUUUCAUAUUCGCCAUCGUCCCACAUGCCCGCUCGGGCGGGGCCGACGGGCUCUGCUUCGUCAUGACGCCCACCACCGCUCUCAAAGGCGCUUUCGCCACGCAGUACCUGGGCCUCCUCAACAUAUCCAGCGAUGGUAAAGACUACAACCAUCUUUUCGCUGUAGAAUUCGACACAAGUCAGAGCAUUGGCGUAGAUAAUAAGGACGGCAACCAUGUGGGAAUCGAUCUCAACGGCGUCAAAUCGUUGUUGGCUGAACCUGCUGGUUAUUGGGAAGGGAACAGUUUGACGCCCAUUAAUCUGAAGAGCGGGCAUAAUAUAAGGGCCUGGAUCGACUAUGACGGCGCUUCUAAACAGCUGGACAUAAGUAUUGCAGCAAUUGGAGAGGCGAAGCCGCAGAAAGCCCUGGUGUCGAAGAAAGAUUUGGAUUUGGACGGUAUUAUAGAAGAGUACAUGUACGUUGGGUUUUCUGCGUCUACAG